AUGAGCGUGUUCGGCGGCGACAGCUGGGCGCGUGAUGCGCAGCAGCGGAAGCGGCGCCUCGACGACCUCUUGCUACCCACCACGGCGUCCUCGUCUCCCUCGACGCCUGAUUCCUUCAGGAAGCUCCCCAACAGCAAGCUCGCCUGCCUCGUCUGCCCCCACCGCCCCGUCCUCGACACCCCCCUCAUGCUCUCCGUAAGCCAGCACCACAUCCCCCGAGUCCUCCUUUGCCGGACUCCCCUGGUUAAUUGCUGA